AUGGCAACAUCCACCCCUAGCCGCCAGGCGGCCGCUAUGUCGCAGUCCCCGGCUCGGGGCGCUCGCACCCCUCUCUCGCCAACUCGCAUCAGCCGCCUGCAGGAGAAGGAAGAACUGCGGCAACUCAAUGACCGCCUGGCCGUCUACAUAGACCGGGUCCGUUCUCUGGAGCUGGAGAAUGACCGGCUGAUGGUGAAGAUCUCCGAGAAGGAGGAGGUCACCACCCGUGAGGUCAGUGUAAUCAAAGACCUGUACGAGGCUGAGCUGGCUGAUGCUCGAAAGGUUUUGGAUGAAACGGCGAGACACAGAGCUAAGCUACAGAUAGAGCUGGGGAAGUAUCGGUCUGACCUUGAUGAGCUAACAAAAAAUUUUAAGAAAAAAGAUGCUGAGCUGGUUAGUGCACAACAUCGCAAUAAGGACCUGGAGGCAUUGCAUUUCAGGAGUGAGGCAGAGCUUACAGCCGCCCUAGAUGGGAAGAGGAAACUGGAGGCAGAAGUGGCUGAUUUGCGUGCUCAGCUUGCUAAGGCUGAAGAUGGUCAUGCUGUUGCUAAGAAGCAGCUGGAAAAGGAGACUUUGAUGCGUGUUGAUAUGGAGAACCGCUGCCAGAGUCUGCAGGAAGAGCUUGAGUUCAGAAAAAACAUAUAUGAGGAGGAAUGUAGAGAAAGCAGGAAACGCCAUGAGCGCAGCAUAGUGGAGGUGGACAGGGGUAGCAAAUAUGACUACGAAUCCAAACUGGCACAAGCUCUAGAUGAGCUCAGGAAACAGCACGAUGAGCAAGUUAAGGUCUACAAAGAAGAGCUGGAACAAACCUAUCAAGCUAAGUUGGACAAUAUCAAGCGUUCCUCUGACCAUACUGACCAAGCUGCUGAGGCUGCCCGUGAGGAGCUGAUGGAAGCACGAAUGAGGAUUGAGUCACUUGGCUACCAGCUGUCUGGUCUACAGAAGCAGGUGAAUGCAGCGGAGGAUCGUAUGCGUGAACUAGAGGAAUUGCUGGCCAAUGAUCGUGAAAAGUACCGAAAAAUGCUGGAUGCUAAAGAGAGAGAGAUAGCCGCAAUGAGGGACCACAUACAGCAACAACUGACAGAAUAUCAGGAACUACUAGAUGUUAAAUAUGCUCUGGACAUGGAGAUUAGUGCCUACCGCAAGCUCCUAGAGGGAGAAGAGGAGAGGUUAAAACUGUCACCAAGCCCACAAUCUCGUGUUACGGUGUCAAGAGCCACAUCAAGCAGCAGCUCCUCUACUGCCCGCCAGUCUCGUAGCAAGAGAAAACGUGUUGAAGUAGAAGAAAGUAUGGAAGGUGGCACUAUCCAGUCUUCAAGUAGUUGGGCCAGGCAUGCCUCUCGGGAGGUGAACACCGAUGUUGAAGAGGAGGGUACUGGUGAUAGAGGAAGCAGCAGCAAAUUCCAUGUAUCGCAACAAUCCUCUGCGACUGGCAGUAUCUCCAUAGAGGAAUGUGGUAACGAGGGAAAUUUUAUUCACCUGAAGAAUAGCUCUGACAAGGUGAUUUUGUGA